CUAUAAUGUCACGACAGCAUUGUAAAAUAAUUAUCGAUCGAGCAGUGUUGAAAAGCCGAUUGUUUAUUAUAUCGCGUGAAUAAAAAUAAAGUUUAUUCUACUAAUAAUUUUGGAACUUAUUGGAAUCUUAGCGGUGUAAGAGAUGCUUGAUGCCGGGGACGCGCACGAGGGUUAAGCCGGUGUCGGCAGCCGAGCCCUCAGCCUCGGACGAAGCGUCGCUGCUGGAGAUUCAUCUUCAAAGGCAGUUGGAAGAAGACAUAGCUAGAAUAUUUGAUGAGUCUAUAUAUUCCGAUCUUGAGGUGGUUUGUGGUAAACUAAAAAUCCUUACUCACUCUUGUAUACUAAAAGCACGCACGAACGAAUUUUACCAUAAGCUUCAAACCAUUUUGCAUGUGAAUAUUGGGCGCAGUACCUUCGAUGAAAUUUAUUCCUUCGUCAGCGAUGUGUACACUGAAUGCAAUAUCAGAAAUCAGGAGAAAGAAAUACUGGCAUACCUGAACGAAACAUUUAAAGUUAUAAAAGUAGUUCCAAAAAAUAAGGCAGAUUCCGAGGACGCCGAAGUAUUCUUAACCCCCAAGUGUUUAAGUCCUUAUAUUGAAAAGGGCCAGAAAACUAUAGGCUCUAGUCCAAGCACAGAACUAACAAAAGAAUAUUACGCUUUGGUUCCGAUCGAUGGUAACUUAUUAGAAAAGGAACUAAUAGAACAGGAUGCACUGUCGAACGCAUUCCAUUCUAUUAUAAAGACACAGUCUGACAAUUUGAAGAGAGCGAAAUCUUCGCAGUGCAGCAAGAAGCCGACAUCGUUAUCUCUUAGUUCUAGUCAUACCUCCAAAAUAGUCAAACAUUCCAACAGUUGCGAUAUUUUAUUUAAAUGUCAUGGUAAAGAUAACGUCGGAUCUGAAGUGAUAAGAGGUAAUGAUAUAGUGUGCAACGGCGCGGUUAGCAUAACCUUCAGCAGCCAGACGAGUCCGACGGCGGGCGACGACAAGGUCACGGAGUCCGCGUACUCGCCCGACAGCCUCAUUACCGACGAGCCCAGCUCCUCUUCGGACUACCUGUCGGCCGCCUACGCCUUCUCGCCCGGCGCCAGCUCUUCGGCCGCCCUUCCGCCGUUAAAUGUUGGGGACUAUAUCACCAAAAUGGAGAACGUAUUCACUUCAUCCGACUCCGGCUUGGAGAACACCGGCCUCAUGGAGAGCCUUAGCAGUCAUAAGGACGUUACGUUAACCGACUUGUCUCUUACGGAGAGCACUUUGCACGACUUGACUAUAGAUGACACCCAUUACUUCACGUCCAGUCCAGUUGUAGAUAAUCAUCCGAGUCACAAAGUAAAAGCAGUGAGUGCGAGCAAUGCGUCAUCCGCGAGCACGCACUCUCACGCGGAGACGAAUGGGCAGAAGAUAAAUCAAUCGAACAAACACAGAGAUGCAGGAUGCUGUAAAUCAUCCAAGGAAGAAAAACAACGCCAGAAUGAAGAAAUAUUUAUAAUGGAGUCGUCAUCGUUGUCUUCAGAGACUGGCUCGUGGGAGUCAGUGUUUCCACCAAAACUAGCCGAAAGAGAACUUUGUGAAAGGUUCUUAAAAAAGGAACGCCAGCAUACAUUCGCCGACGACGUGAAAGAGGAUUUAUGCCCCAGUUUAGUUCAAAAAUCUCCUUUUAAGUCAACUUCUUGCUUCAUUGAUGCUGCAAGCUUGGCCGAUGAAGAAGAUGAUACUAUCAAAAUACAAGUCCAUCCAAUGGAACCUGCCACAAUUUUAAAUUCGCACAUUCUGCCAACGCCUAGUCAGCCAGUCCCUUGCGCCACCUCCAAACACGACAUAAGUCCAAGCGACUGGUCGGAAAGCAACGACAACGAAGACUCCUUAGAACAACCGGAGAACAAAGACCCAGAGUCAGCACAUAAGGACUUAUCUCCCACCAUUUUUGAAAUGACGCCCAUAACUGAAGAUUCUCUGUGCGUAAAUGACGAGCCAGCCUUACGCGACCAGCCAGCGACAGAAAGCAUCACGGCUACCGUCAACGAGGAUACGUCACACCAGCCCCAUGACAAGAAUACGUCUGUAUCCAGUACCAUAUUCGUAACCAGUACUCCACAUAAUUCCAUUAUGUCUUUAAAUGUCUGUACAGUGAAGCAGUACAACUCAGAAGAAAGUAGAAUAGACUUAUCCACUUCCGGAUAUGAAAGCCUAGGAAAUAUGAAAAAGCUUCAGAAAUUCAACGAAUCAUCGCCUAUAGUUUCAGGGGGUGCAUCUAUAGAAGAUUACCUACCAUUAUCGAGUAGUCAUUCUGAUAGCCCCAUGCCUAGAAGAAGGAUAGAAAAUAUUCCCAUAGUAUCUGGUGCUUAUGUACCGCCAGUAGAAGAAGAUAACUACAGAAAAUCCCCAAAGCCCUCCUCCUUUGCUUCUGCGUGGGUAGUAGAUAUGUCGAUGAGCCCGAAAUCGGAUGGCGAGAAAAGCACAUCUAAUUCUCAGUUUAUUGCAAAGAAACCCGGCGAUAGGGCGUGUGAAUCUUUAAAGAAUGAAUGUAUCAGCAUUAACGAUAACUUAAAUAAAAGCCGAAGUUCGCUAGAUUCUGAUAGUAGUGAAAGAUCGAGUCACAAAUUCUAUAUAGACUUGUCAUGUUUACCGGACCCCUUACCACCAAAAAAUGACCACGAAGUUGAAAGUUCCAGUGAAAAGAAGAAUAUAUUUUCAAUGUACAUCGAUCUAGGCGAAAAAUCUACCUUAAAAGAGAUGCCAGCCAGGCUCUCUUGCUCUUUGAAUUCGAAAAAGCAUACGACUACUGAUGUAAAGCCUAAAUCUGUUGCAACUAAAGCCAUCAAGGGCUGUACUGACAAUUUUGUAUCACCUGCUCCAAACAACAAAGAGUCCAACAGCCCCGGUACAUUUGAAAAAUAUGAAACGCUCUGUAAUGACUUAAAUAUCAGUAUUUCCGAGAUAAUACGCUGUCCAGCGACUGAAACGACAACCAGUGCUGCAGAAAUCAACAACAGCAUUACGCCCGAUCCUGUUAAAAAAGUAAGACCAUCUCGAGUUUCUGGUGUAGAUAAAAGCUCCUUCCAGCGAGACGUGGUCAUCCACGAGGAGCCCACGGGCAUCGACCAGUCCGGGGACCUAUUCGUCAAACUGUCUGAUUUAGAUAAACCGGCGCCGAAAAGUGAUGCAACAAUAAUCACAACGAUGUAUGAUGAGUCAGUUUCGAACGUCAGAAUGACUAGGUCUAUUCCGGAUAACAAUUGGGGGAAUCAAAGCGGAAGCAUUUCCCGACCUAUCGAUAUUACAAGUUCAUUUCAUUCGGAGAACGCUUUGAGUCUGAACAGGCUGUUUCCCCACUUGAAGAACGAGUUCAGUAAGAGCAUGCCGGGGUCGCUGCCGAGCAAGGGGCGGGGGCGCGCCUCGGGCCGCGAGACGGACGAGCCCGCGUCCGACGUGUCGGUGCUUAGCAGCGUGCAGAGCAGCGUCUGCCGCUCCGUCGUAGAAAACAGCACAACAGAGGAAACAACCAGCCAGACUUCAAGUCUUAUAGGAUUCUGUCAGUCGCGACUGGGCCAGGAUCUGUUGCGAAUGUUUCUCGAAGAAAUUACACCUGAUGUCAUCGUAGAAGUUUCUGGUAGACGAAUCAAGGCUCAUAAGUGUAUUUUGUCGUCUAGGUGCCAGUACUUCGCCAGGAUACUGAGUGGAGGCUGGGUAGAGAGCGCGGGAAAUGUGAUAGUUUUGCCACCGUUCUCAUACAACGUGGUGCACUUCGCGCUGUGCCACAUUUACUCGGGCGUGUCCCGGAUCCCGGACGCAAUCAGCAUCGUGGAGCUGGCCACGCUGGCUGACAUGCUCGGCCUCGAGGGGCUCAAGGAGGCGAUCAUGUUCACGCUCAAGGCCAACUACUGUCACCACUUCCACAGGCCAUGCGCCGUGUGCACCGCCGGUGUGCUGGAGUGCUUCCCGCUGUCGUCGGUGUACAGCCUGGACGACCUCUACCGCAAGUGCCUCAAGUGGAUCACCAAGUACUUCUCCAGGGUGUGGCCCACCAAGGCCUUCGCCACGUUGCCCAAAGAGCUGCUCGACAAGUGCUACCAGCAGCAUAUUAUUAACCUCACCACCGACAAUCUGGUCGACACUGUGUUUGGAUGUGCUAUAACUGUGGAGUCUCUGCAAAACAGUCGUUGGGCAGAGUGCGUGGCGCGCAUGUGCCGGCGGCUGGUCAACGCGGCGGCGCACUUCGCAGCCCCGCGACUGGUGGCCGUGCUGCGCGGCGUGCGCGCAGCUGCUCCCGCGCCUGCGUCGCCUGCAGCCUCGCAGGCCCUGCACGACUGCAUUGCCGCCGCCAUCGAGUGGGCGCCCUCCGACGAGGCCGCGCGCGCCUACGCGUUCCUCUCCGCCCUCCCCGUGGACGAGGCCGCGGCCAUCGCGCAGCGCUCGCGUCCCGACCUCAUCGCGGAUGGCGCGCGCCACCCCCCGCCGCCGCCCGCCGGCGACCUGCUGCUCGCGCACGCUGCCAGCUGGCGAGUGCAGUGCGAGGGUGCACUCGUUCGCGCUGCACCCCGCGCCGUGCUCACCCAAGCCUUCAAGGAGCUGCCGCCCGAGCUCAGAAAGCGGCUGCGCGAGCUCGGCUGCAUCAUGUAUGGCCCGCAGGUGGUCCCGGCCGCCUCGCCGCUGCACGACCGCAAGAGCCGCAGCGCCUACCACGCCCGGCCCGGCAGGGGCCCCGCCGCGGUCGCGACGCGGAGCCUCGACAUGGACCACGUGCGCGAGUCGUUCGUGCCGUACUCGCCGCGGCCCUCCGCCCACCUCGGCUCCGUUGACACGCUGAAAAGCAACGGCGACCUGCGCGACCGGAAGCCUAUAAAAAUGAUGACCCCGAAAAUCAGGACGACAAAAGCGCAGGAGGAGCGGGCCAAAUAUAAUAUGGCAAAAACGAAUCAGUCGCAGGAUCGGCUGGCGGGCAAAGGGGGGCGGCAGUUUCAAUUAUUUGAAAAUACAAAGCCGAGAUACUUGGAGCCGCGAAUGUACAAAGAAAGCGAAAAGAAAUCGCCCGCGACCAAAAAGCUGGUGAACAAAAUGAUAUCGUCGAGUGAGUCAUCUCGGAACUCCAGUCCUAUCCAAGCGCGGCUAGUGCGCGCGUCGCGCGAGUCGGCGUUGUCGCAGGACAGCCUGGCCAGCGCCUCGCGCCCGCGCACCGCCGAGCCCUCCACCGACUCACUCAGCGAGUCGCAGAACACAAACAAAUACGCUACGUACACUAAAAGAAAAUACACCGCUAAGGGCUCCGUCGAAUCGAUCCAGUCUUCGAAGUUUCAAAAUGCUUUGAACAAUAAGAUAAAAACGAAAAUACCUGUGUAUCUUAAUCAAAGCAGUAAAUCUCAACAAGCGUCCAAACAAUUACAGCCUGGCAACAACACUGAGCCCCAGAGGCGAGUCAACCAGCCGAACAAAACCGUCGUAGCCGGCAACACGCAACGCCGAGCACUCGUUGAUAGGAAAGUUCCCGGCUCUCUCAUGAACGCGACUAAAUCUAGCCAGGCCAAGAUGGUCACGAAGACUGCCAAAGAAAAGCAGGCGAAACCCAAUACUAGGAGCACUCGAGCGGGCGGCAAGCACGCGAGCCGGCAGGAGCAUCACGAGCAGGCCGCGGACAUCCCCGUCAUGCAGCGCUCGGGGACCUUCCUCAAGGACGAACCUACCUUCGGAGAUAUCACCACCCACAUCGAUGUAGACCAGUAAAGGUUAAGUAACAUCAUACCUAGUGUCUAGUCUGACCAAUGAAAGAUGUACCUGCAAAGCGUUAUUAGGUCGAGUUUUAUAAUAACGCUGCAGGCAUUCUCCGGUUUCAAUACAAAAGAACGUACAGCAUGUAUCGCCGCUUCGUACCCCAAUUGCAUCCCAAAAGCCACCUGAUGCGGCUGAAGAUAAGAGGCCAUCACCCCUCUCACUGCACGACACCCAAGCUUGGCCACUAGUUGACGGAAAGUGCUCCCCAUGGCUAUCGGUCUCAGUCCCCCAUUUUUCUUAUUUAACGCACCUAGAGUAGCCCCAUACAAAUAAGGACAUACCUGAGGGUUCAGCUCCCUACUAAGCAAAAAAUUGCACAGGCUAGUCAGUGCUUCCAUCAAGCGCACUCCACUGUCACCAGACGUGCCUGAUGUCAGCUCUUUUAAGUGGGCCGGACGGGUUCCAUCCAACCCCGCUGCUGACCCACUGUGAAAAGAACUAACUGCCAGAGACACAUCCUCCACUUUGCCUGACAAGGCAGGGCAGUCAAGGUCUGGCUCUGACUCGGAUGCUUAGACUGCAACGCCGCGAAAGUGUCUGGUUCUGCCGGAGCGACUGUGUCCUCACUCAUUAAAAGCCGGACGGCUCCUCUCAAAUCUCCCUCGUGGACUUUGGCCUCAAUGGUCCGGACGGUUGAGAGAGAUUGACCGAGAUGCCACAGCACAAUCAUCCGGCGACAGGUACGAGAAGGCCUCUACGUUUGCCUUGACCUGCGCAGUCAAAGAUCCCGUUCCGGAGUCCUCAGGGCCCUGUAAGAAAAAGAUAGGAGAGCACACCACUAGUAUACCCCAUUAACGGCAAUGCAACUCUCGAUAAUGCCGCACAAUUUUCUAGCUGCAUCACUCCUCGCCCCUUUCAAAAUGUACCGAUGAACCCGAACUGACUGCUUUAAUGAGGCGAGUUGAUCCAGGUUGCAACUGUGUCUCUGAACACUUGCUACUGGUUGCGCGGCAUCAGAGUGCACAGCGACACCGCCGACGGGAUGCGACGCAGAAGGACGGGAAACAUCUUUUCUCAAAAAUGGACGGCAAAGUCGACGUUGCCAGUUAAAAAGUAGGUCGCGAAGUGUGUAGUUUAUGGUCAGUCAAAAAAUUAAAAAGUUAAAAACAUUGCAGUCUCGAUUUCGGGACUGCAAUGUUGCAUACAAAUUCCAUUAUUUGUUGUUCCAAACUUUUUAAAAGUUGAAGUGGCCAUAUCAAAUGUAGGCAUAGGUCCAUUAAACAGCCAAACAGAUGAUCAGUACUUAUUAUUAUGAUGUUGGUACCGCGGCUAUUUAGGUGUCUCAAAUAGGUUGGCGUAUUUUCAGCAGAAAAAUACACUUCCAUUUUUAAUUAAAAAAAUAAAACGGCGGCAAAGCAAAUCUUUUUACUUUUUUCUGUGAAAAUAUAUACAUAACAAUGUUGCUUCUGUAAAAUAUUUCUAUUAUAUUUGCAUUUAUUGCGCCAUUUUUGAGAAAGCACUAUAUAUGACUCGGCUGGAAGGCUACUUGCGAGCCUCGACAAUAAUGUACUAAUGCAUUCGUGUUAUGUGCGCUGUAAGGCCUCGCGAUGUAAAUACUCGCGCCGAGUUCCGACCCCUCCGACUCCCUGCGGUCGUGUUUUAAUUUAUCGCCACUCGUUUCGAAUGUCCUCUUUUCCGCACGUGUAUCCUAUUUCAGUUAUGUACCAACAAAAAAAAUGACAAGCAGUCACAGACAUAUUAAAUAUAUCAAAGCGGGUUAUUCACGUAUUUUAAGUCGAAAAUCGUUCGACAUGUUUCACUUCGUUUUGAGUAGCAUCUCCGCAACGUACUUGGUAAAACGUGUAGAGUAGCCAAAUUUUCGGUCAGACAAAAGAAUCAACUGGGACGGUGAGCUUGAACAUUUUUAUUUGGUUUUAUUUUUCGAGUUGUGUAAAAUUAUAACAACAACUUUUAUUCAAAUAUAUUAAGAUUAAAUAGAUUUUUAACCAUAUAACUGAAUUGACAAAUCGACCUACUUCAAUUUUUUUCAGUUCAUAGGUACCCUUGUUACCGGCUCCAACAGGGAUACGAACCUAAAUGGAAGUAGGUACUUAAUAUUAUGUAGGUACAAUUUUUUUAACCAUUGUGUUGCUUGAUUGCUGGGAAUAUCUUUGAUGUAAAUAUUUUAGUAUUUAGCCUAUUUAAUAAAUAUUUAUUUUUUAAAACCUGUGGUUGUACAUAAAUAUGUGUUUGUUACUUGUUUAUGUACCGUAUAAAUAAUCUGCAUGCCUACCCCCAAUAGAUAUUACGGAUGAAAGUAUAAAUAUGAAACUAACUUUAAAAAAUAUAUAUGUAUACAUAAUAGUCUGUGCGGAAAGAGAAGUCGUGGAAUGUAAGGGAGCCCAUACAUUCCAUAUUAUCUUAUCUCCUAAGGCAUUUUCAAACUUUUUUAUGACGCGACAACAAUGACCCGCUAUUUCCUAUCUAUCGCUCGCGCAUAAUUAAUUAUACAUAUUGCUGUCUCUGUUGUGUCGGCGGUUAAUGCCACCGUGCGAGCGGGGCGAUAGAGAUAGGAAAUAGCGGGUCAAUGUACGAGAUUUAUCGUGGUUAGCGUCCUUACUUUAAACAGAUUGUUAGUUGCUGUUACGGAGUAAAGGGGCCUUUAACUACAGAGGGCGCUGCUAUAUGUUUUACGAAGUUAUUACGAAUUAGUUUAUAAUUACUUAUCUCAAUUUUAAAGGCAUAAUAUAUGCGGACAAACAUAUUCAAUCAUAAUUUAGAAGUAUAGAAAGUAAAAAAAAAAAAAACAAAGAUGAAGUGAACUGAUUUCAGUUUUCAACGGGUUAUUCAAACGCCAUUUACACAUGCUCGAUUAUAUAAAUAAGUACAAACACACCAUUCAACAUGUUUAUUUCAAUAAUGAAUCAAUAGGUAUGAAAGACAAUACUGGAAAAAAUCAUACUUUAUCCCUUAUAUUACAAUAUGUACAAUGAAUUACAUGAUGUAAAGUAUUUAUUGAUACGUGUAGGGAAUUUGUUAUUAAUAAUGGCAGCAGGCUAACAAUAAGUAUGCAAUGAAAUAAUAAGCAUGCUUGAAUGUUAACAUUCAGAUACUUCCUUCUCCGUGAGUGGUAUGUGACUGGCGACUCGGUAAAACGUAACGUAAACGUUAAAACUAUAUAUGUAGUUCGACGACUAAUAUACCUAAUAUCAGUGCGACUAAUGUUGUGUUGACUUACCUACUCAUAACUAUAUGUAUGUAUGUAUGAAUUACAAAUAAUGCGAACAGUGUGGAUAAAGUAGUUUUAUGGUCAAGACAUCGGUUCGCCUUAUAUGUAUUUUAUUUAAAUAUUCUAUUGACAGUUAUAAUAUGUUAUUUGUGUAAAACCUGUUUAAAAUCGGAAAGGGAACGGACACAAGUGUAUAAUGUAAAAUAAAGGUACGAUUUCUAUAUGUAGGUAUCUAUUAAGAGAAAGAUAUUUUAAUGUAAUUAUUAGCUACAUAUGUUUUAACUAAUUGCAACGCUUGUAUGAUUUAAGUGCAAAAUAAAUAUAAAAUAUGUAUUUUGUACACUAUAAGAAUCUCAAUGUGUGUAUACAUGUAGGCAUUUACUAUAUAUACCUAAGUGUAAUGCUACAGAGCCUAUAGAAAAUUGCAUGGUACACGUGUAUUUAAUGGCUCCUCUACACAAUGGCCCAGCGCUGGACCAGCGAGGUGGCCAUGUGAUGGUUGAGAGCACGCACUAUGGAAUGGGCCAUGUGUAGAUGCGUACGCACCAUCGCUGGUCCACUACCUUUGAUGUGCGGACGAAAAUCGACACCGUGGCCAUCCCCUCGCCAUCUCGCAGCGCCAUAAGCCAUCCGACACCACUACCCUCUCUACACGCUGGCCCAUUUUAGAGGGCGACUAUAACGGCCCAUCGUGUAGAGGAGCCAUUAGAGAUCUUUAGAUUGUCCGCUAUGAACAUCAUGUUGUCAUUGUGUACUAUGUAGCAUUUCCAUUACAUAUUUUUAUGGCCUGGAUUUCGUGAUGUGCAAAUAAGAAAGCUAUUUAUUCCUAAUUUUAAGCAAUAGUAUUUAAACGUGAAAUAUAUUUUAUGAUAAAUAAAUAGAAACAAAUAGAUCAUUUCUUGUAAUCAGCAUGCAAAUACGGAUAAGCUUCACGACAGGUUCGUGCGGUUUACUGUUUGCACCGGUCAUCCGUAUUUGAUUUAUUUUAAUUUACUAAAAAAAAAUAUGUUAACUAGGUUAAGUUUCGGAAUGAUCUCAGUGAUGCACAGUAUUCGAUGUAUUUUAUUUCUGGUCUGCAUCAGCCAUUGUUAUAAGUGUAAGAAAUAAAAUUAGGCAAUGUGUCAUUUAUAUACAUUUCUUUCUACUAGAUUUAAGAUAGCAAUCAAUCUCGUUAUUUUGUAGCUAUUUAAUUGGCACAUGAUUAUUCUUUAGAUAGCAGCCCACGACAAUGUCGAAUAUUAAUUCGGUAAUUCUCAUUUGAUUCUAAAACUAAAGGAAUAAGGACAAGUACCUUCCAUUUUCUUCCUCUAACUUUUCAACCUCUAAAUAAUGUUAUUCAGUGUUAAUCCCACUAGUUACCAGUGGUAACAGUUCUAAUUAAGAUUUUUUUUCUCAGUUGUUAGCACUGGUAACAACUGAGAACUGGUGGUUACCCAAUGGGAAUAAACCCGUUAUUCAUGGCUGCCUACAGACGUCAGACUGUUUUUUGGUAAUAAUAUGUAAUACAUAAAAUUAAAGGCACGUACAUUUACGCUAUGAAAUUUCGUAGGUAACCUUUGCUACUUUGGGUAAACCGAGGCGAAUCGGAUCACAGGGUGAAACGGAACAUGAUGAAAAAUCCGUUGAUAUUUGAAAUAUUGCAUUAUUUGCAUUGAUACAAGUGCACUAUAAUAGCGCUGUACAACUCUUCUGUUAGCUUGCGACGUCAGUUAUGUACGCAAUAUUUUCAAUAUCAACAUGAUUUCUAGUCUGACCCGAUUCGCCUCGGUAUACUUAUCUACUAAUUUUAGCCUGUAAUCACAGUAGCCUAUUAAUAUAUGGAAUGGUGCGAAUAAAUGUCGGGACUUAAGAAGGGUUUAUCGAUUUUGUACUUUUUUAGUGUAAAUGUGCCCAGGAUUCUCACAGAUAGAAGUUAAGGAGUUUUGCGAUGCAAUUUGUUCCGUUUUGUUAAGAAAGUAAUUCUUCCGCGUAUACAUAUUAACCUACUCUUUAUACAGGCAUAAGUGAUAACUUUAUCUUUAUGUCUUAGAUUGAGCACUCAUUAUUGUGGUAAUGUAUGUUGGGGGUUUGGAGACCAAGCACACUGCUGGUGCUGGAGAGCGUGCUCAACCUGUGCGUUAAAGUCAAGUUUACUUAUGCCCACGUAUAACCUACCGAAAGGCCUAUUUGUAGGAUUACAUUAGUGUCCAUCCGAAUAGCGGCAAUUUCAUUCCAUGCUUAGAUUGCUUAAUGAGUUUGCAAACCUAUUCGAAAUUGGUACCCCGGCACAUGAGUGUAUUGUUAGUUGACAUUAUUGUAGUUAAAAUUGAUGUGAAAUAUAUUUACAAAUUGGUUAAAUAAUUUGAUGAAUUCUAAUAAAUUCUACGACUGAAACAUUCUACGCAACCCAUACUUUUUCAUUAUGAACAGUUUCGUUGUAUGUUGAGAGUUGUUUUAGCCUUGUAAGCGUUAGGGCAGAGCGUUCAGUUGGCCUGGUGACGCUGAGGACGCAUGUUUUCCAAUUGCCUGGAAAGGUUCAUUCAUGAAAGAGAGAUGCUCAUUCUUCAGCAACAUUCUUUUAGAGCUUGAAGAUCAAAUAGUACCUAAUUACCUAUUAAGUGUCAUUAUUUACAUUAUCAUUCGUCCUCAUUCAGUACUUAUCCAACGAAAGAACCUUACGAGUAUAGUAUGGAAUUGGAUUCCAUACUUACGAGAUACCGAUUUUACGUACCGUCUAGUGAUGGGAAAUUGCCGAGAAUAUUUCCGAUUGAGAGAAUAUUCUCGAUAAUGUUACGGAAACAUUUCCAAAACUGGCAAUUGAUCUAAAAGCUCGUGUUUUUAGGGUACCGUACCUCAAAAGGAAAAAACGGAACCCUUAUAGGAUCAGUCGUGCGUCUGUCUGUCACAGCCUAUUUUCUCCGAAACUACUGGAUCAAUUAAGUUGAAAUUUGGUACACAUAUGUCUGUUUGUGACCCAAAGAUGGACAUGUAACGUAAACAUAUUAAUUUUAAACACGGGGGCCACUUUUGGGGGGUAAAUGAGAAAAUUAAAAAAUAAAGUGUCAAACUAUAUCGUGUUACAUAUCAAAUGAAAGAGCUCUUUGUGAGAAUCUCAAAUAUAUAUUUUUUAUAGUUUUAAACUAAAUAGUUUAGAAGGGAUUCAAGAAAAUAGGCAAAAAAUGACCAUUCCCCCCCCUUUAUGUCCGAAACUACUGGGUCAAAAAUUUUGAAAAAAUACAAAAAAUAGAUCUUUACCUAUAGAUCACCGGAAAACCUAUUAGAAAUGUGCAGUCAAGCGUGAGUCGGACUUAAUUACUUAGUUUUAAAGACAUUUCACAUAAAAGAUACAUUGUUUAAAUUGUGUAAUGUACGGAACCCUUGGAACGCGAGUCCGACUCGCACUUGGCCGGUUUUUGUAGGUAUAGAAACUAGAUUUUUUCUAAUGAUGAAAUAUUUAAGAAAUACAAGGUUCCUUAUCCUUACGUUGAAACCAGGAUCAUUUCACUUGAAUUUCAUGAAUUUUUCGCAAAUUUCCAUAAAUUACCGUAAAAUUCUGAUAAAUUGCAGGGAAAUUUCCUUGGUUAUUUAUGUUUUAUUUUGGAAACAUGGUGUAUAAAUAGCAUUUCUGUAUGUUGUUUCUCGCAAAAAAAUGCAUUUUAGUGAUUGGUAUAUAUUUAAGUGAUAGCUUUGUUAGAUCAAAUUAUAACUGCAUGUGAACGCAUCAAUUAGUCCCCUCGAUGAGACUGGUUUCUUCGAAAGUUCAUUGUUGAGGUCACAUAGUAUCCCUAGUUACCUACUAACUUUUUUAGGGUUCCGUACCUCAAAAGGAAAAAACGGAACCCGAGGAUCACUCGUGCGUCUGUCUGUCUGUCACAGCCUAUUUUCUCCGAAACUACUGGACCAAUUAAGUUGAAAUUUGGUAUGCAUAUGUAAGUUUGUGACCCAAAGACGAACAUGUAACGUAAACAAAUGAAUUUUAAACAUUGGGGCCACUUUUGGGGGGUAAAUGUGAAAAUUAAAAAUUAAACAAUGUAUUUUUUAUGUGAAACGUGAGUGAAAUGUCCUUAAAAAAACCCGUAGGGGUCGGAUCAAAAACUAAGUAAUUAAGCCCGACUCACGCUUGACUGCACAUUUCUAAUAGGUUUUCCUGUAAUCUUUAGGUAAAGAUCUAUUUUGUGUAUUUUUUUCAAAAUUUUAGACCCAGUAGUUUCGGAGAUAAAGGGGGGGAAUGGUCAUUUUUUGCCUAUUUUCUUGAAUAACUCCUAAAUUGUUUAUCCUAAAAUUAUAAAAAAAAUCUAUCUGUGAUUCUCACAAUGAGCUCUUUCAUUUGAUAUAUAUCUAACAUGAUAUAGUUUGAAAAACUUUAUUUUUUCAUUUACCCCCCAAAAGAGGCCUCCAUGUUUAAAAUUCAUUUGUUUACGUUACAUGUCCGUCUUUGGGUCACAAACUUACAUAUGUAUACCAAAUUUCAACGUAAUUGGUCCAGUAGUUUCGGAGAAAAUAGGCUGUGACAGACGGACAGACAGACGCACGAGUGAUCCUAUAAGGGUUCCGUUUUUCCUUUUGAGGUACGGAACCCUAAAAAUGUUAAUUUCCCUAUUUUUCACGUCAGGAGAAUAUUGCGGAAAUAUUCUCAGUACCCAUAAAGGAAACUUUCCGCUCGCCUAUCACUAGUACAAUAUUUUGUGUCCGCCAUGCGGCGCGGGCUGAUCUGAAAGCCUACUUUUAUUCUGUGGUCACGUAAGAAACGCCACAGGCGAAUACACUUGACCUUGACGUUGAAGCUGGUACUUCUGACCUCCGACCGCCGUAGGCACCUAGCUUGGUUCCUGGGAAUCCUGGGUGUACUGGUUCGAUAUUCUAAACCCAUUAAAUUUUUUCAAAACGCUAUUUAUUUUUUAUUAACCUUACGGUCCUGGCCGGUAGAUUCACAAUAAAAAACUCGUUAUAUUUGCCGAGUUAUGAGUUCUUUCAUGAAGUAAUACAAAAAAAUAGAAUAGGUACAUCCACAUUAUAAGGCCAGCAGGACGUUUUGAGCGUAAACGCUUUAUAAAUUCUAAACAAAUACCUACUGUUGAUUAAAUAUUGUACCUAGUACGUAGUUACGUAAUUAUAAUUUACUUAUUUAAAUAAAGGCAGACGUGUUAAUA